AUGACACAGUCUUAUGUUAUCGGCGACAGCUCGCCGUUCCUCAAGCGCGUUCUGAUCCCGUUCUGGGUCAUUCGCGUUGCGGUCAUGGUCUUCGAAGUCAUCUUGUACGCCGCCGCCGUCGCCUACACUGCGGCCAAUAGGGACAACCUGGAUCACAUCGACAUUGACGAGCGAACGGCAGGUGCUCUUAUCGCCAUUCUCGUCGUCAUUCUCCUCAUCAUCGCAGGCUGCCUCAUCCUAGACAUCGUCUGCAUCGUCAAGCGAUCGCGGCGCACUCUCAGCCCUCGUUUCUUCCUUGUCGCAAAUGUCAUCCAGACAACAGUCUGGCUGGUCUUGUUCAUCUUGACCAUGUUCGGCGUCAGCAGCCCAAUUGCGCUUGUCAUCGCCAUCGUCGUUUUUGCUUCUUUUAUUGGCCUCCUCAUCUAUUCCAGUGUCAUCUACCACAAGUUUCGCAAGGGUACUUUGGGUGGAAACAUUGCGACCAGCACGAACCCUAGCACUCCUCCGAAGCCAUACGACACAAGUUAUGGGCAUGAGGAGACGGAUAGCCGGCAGGUGUAG